UGUAUAUUUUUUUCUAUCUCAGUUCCAGUCGAAAUUGAGUCUCCCACCAACAGUUUGAUAGAGCAAAUGGAAGGUUCAAGGGUAACAUUACCUUGUAGAGCGGACGGGUCUCCAAGGCCAAGUAUAACUUGGAUCUACCACAGCAGAGACAUUGAAGUUGGGCCGAGUCGAAUUAGGCCAAGCGAUGAUACAGGAAGGUUAAGCUUUGACAGGAUACAAUUGAGGCAGAAUGGUGAAUACACUUGCGUGGCUUCCAACUCCAGAAGUUCCAAGAACAUUACGUAUGAAGUCUCAGUUUUAGCAACUCCUAAAAUUUACUACACUACAAAAGAGUUCCAUGGAGUAGUAGGUGACAUGGUACUUCGGAUUCCGUGCAAUGCAACUGGAAACCCAAAACCUGAAAUCACGUGGACUAUGGAAGGGUACUAUAUAGCUUCAGGUACCAAAUGGUAUGAGAUUAGUGAAGAUGGAAGUCUCAUUAUUAAGAAUAUUAAAGAAUUAUCUGCUGGGUAUUACUCAUGUAAAGCUUCCAAUGAUUAUGGACAAGCAGAGGAAGGAUUUGAUGUCAUUGUUGACGAUUUUCCUGAUCCUGGAUUCCGUAUUAAUAAAUUCAAGUUGAAUAAAGGAGACUCGGCGAUGAUCCCUUGUAAUAUUCCGCGAAAAAAAACUGACAGAUUACUAUGGUUUAAGGAUGGUCGACUUCUUCCUUCUUCUGAUUUAGCAUUUCGCGUCCUGACCGAAUCGGGCUCGGGAACGUAUACAUGCCGCGUUAGCUCCAUGGACCGACCAGCAAUGAGUGGUUCCACUACGGUAGAGGUUGGCUACAAACCGCGCUUCGAAUAUUCUGACUAUAACAAGGACAUAUCCUUUGUGCCCGGAGAAUUUGCCACGAUGGACUGUACUGCUACUGGAUUUCCAAAACCUAAGGUGCAAUGGUACCAUAAUAACAGACCGAUAAGCUUGAACAACUUUAAAUAUGUCCUGGGUAUGUAUAGCGACUACGUUAAGGGACGAUACACAUGCGUCGUCAGCAACUCAUAUGGGACAGUGCAGCGAGAGUUUGUUGUUUCGUCAUUUGGAUGCCUUCUAAACGUAAAGCACGACUUUAGUAAAAAUGAACCUCUAAUGUUGACCUCCGAUAACAAAUUAACUAACUUUAAAACCAACGGUGGCUACAUGCGUAUUCCUAAAGACGAUACCAUCAAGUUGGUGUGCCCUUCGAGCUUUAUCACGAUACCUUUAAGAGAAAUAUUGGUGACUUGUGAAAAUGCGCAACAAUUUUUGCAUCAGUCAUCAGGCAGACGUUACGCUUACUCUGACCUCAAAUGCAGCGACAAAUGGCAGCCGAUAGUUAAAAGAACAGGGCGACGGUGUGCAAGAAGAAAAGCUGAAAUAUUGAACGUUGGCUACGAGAUAGGAAAAAUAUUCGAGACUGUUUACGAAGUUUGCCUGGCUCGGGAUUCAAAGAACCCCAUUUAUACAAAACUAAACAUGCAACCAUCGCUAGCUAAUUCUGUAACUAAUAACGAUACCGUAUGGUUUAACUACGGUUCUCCUGUGGACUUGGAUGGUCUAUACGAUUGCAGUAAUCAGAAUACAGAGACCUCAGCGAUUUUGAAUAAGGAGUUUCACAGAGGUGACGGCUGUUGUUUUGCGAAGAGAAUGUUGUUGAAUCCUUUGGACGUUGCUCCUGGUCUACAGGAUGCCACGUACACCCAUCUAAAUGUUGUGCCUCAUUGGAGCACUUGUAACUCUAAGAAUUGGGACGAAGUGGAGCGUCGUAUCAGAAAUCUGGUGACGUCUUCGGACCGGACCCUUCAAGUAUUCACCGGCACGGCGUAUAACCUGCAGCUGACGGAUUCGUUCUCGAGACAAAGGAAUGUGGUUCUUAAAAGCAGGGGAAAGGGUGUCCAGGUUCCGAGGUACUUGUGGAAGGUAGUCCAAAACCCGUCUACCGAGACUUCCUUGGCCAUCAUUCAAGUGAACGUGCCUCACUUGAGCCUCGCGAGUGUGCGUAGCUAUCAGCUGUGCAAUGACGUUUGUAAAAAUGUUAAAUGGAUGCAGACUGGAAAUUGGCGCAGUGUACGCCACGGGUUCACAUACUGCUGCAGUCUAGCUGACUUCGAGCGCGCGUUCCGAUUCAAAAUGGAAGUGAAAAUAUAUUUCAUAAUAUUAGGCUUGUUCCUUUUAGGAAUAGAUGGAACUGUAGGUGAUGUCAAAAGUAGCUUAACUUUUGUUAUUGAUGAUACUGGCUCAAUGGGUAAUGAUAUAGCACAAGUGAAAAUUGGUGCAAAUGCAAUAUUUGAUACCGUGAUGCGAUCGAAUUCUUCGCAAAUUGAAGAUUUUGUGCUGGUGACUUUUAACGAUCCCGCUAAUAUGAACAAACUGCGCGCCAAAACUAAAGAGAGAAAUGUUUUUAAAAACGCUUUAAUUGGUAUACGUGUGUAUGGAGGUGGUGAUUGUCCUGAGAUGGCCAUGUCUGGGAUCAAAAUGGGCCUUCAGAACAGCCGAGAAGGGUCUUCCAUAUAUGUGUUUACUGACGCUUCGGCCAAAGAUUAUAACGAUUACGAUGAAAUUGAAGCUCUUAGUCAGAAAAUGGGAUGUCAGAUUGUGUUCGUACUCACGGGAUACUGUUCAAAUAAGAAGGCACCUCAAUACUUGGUUUAUAAGAAGCUCGCCAAAGCUACCAACGGACAAGUGUUUCACUUAGAAAAAAGUGAAAUUCGAGAGAUUUUGAAGUAUGUACAAAAAACUAUAGAAAGCCGAAAUAAUGUUCUGAAAAGCAAAGAUUUUCCUCCAGGCUAUGGAAAUACCUUUGACAUUCCCGUGGACGCCGACACAAAAGAGUUAGUGAUUGCCGUAUCGGGAAGAAACCCCGCGGUCAGCGUGACCGACUCUGGGGGCACCAAGUGGCCCACUACAAAUAUCACCAGACUUAAAGAAAUAGCCGUAGUGAAAGUAGUUGGUGUUACACCCGAUGUGUACACAGUGGAAGUCGGCAGUGAGGACGAGACGCAUGUGGUCGUGUCAGGAUCCAGCACAGUGCACUUCCAGCAUGGAUUCUCCACCGUCAGCCCUUCAGACAUCAAGGAUACCGUAACGAGACCUGUGCCAGGAGUAAAAUCUCACCUCUCCAUAAAAUUAUCCACUGACGGUGGAAACAUUGCACUGCACAGUGUUCAGAUACUGGAUAUGAAUGACAAUGUGAUCUCGACAAUACCACUGAAGCUUGUCGAUAAAACCGAACAGUUUUACACCACCGAGCAGAUUAUGCCACCAGAUCAUAUGUUCAAAGUUGCGAUAAACGGAUAUGAUUUCAACAAUAAAGCCCUUAUAACGAGAAUUAGUUUAACACCGGUCAAACCGCAAGAAAUUAGGCCAGCCAAAGUAGAGACAAAAGCUCCCGUGGUAGAGUGCAAGGAUAUUGUUAACGCUGUUUACGACAAAGCGCUGCAGUUGAAGUGCAAAAUCAGUGGUUAUCCCAAGCCCGACGUCAUUUGGGAGUCUGAUGACAAAUCUGUCGUCCUGUCGCAUUUCGAGUCAACCAUAGAACUGCCGUACGACUACAUCAGCGUGUUGGAAAUAAGUAAUGUGACAAAAAACAGCACUUACACUUGCAAAGCUGUCAACAGUGUCGGCAGUGGCGAAGGCAGAACCACUGUUCAAACUAAAAUAAAGAGCUACUUUAAAGUCCUGGCUUUUCCUAGAGAUAUUACCAUCGAAUACCAGAAGUCAGUGAAAAUACCCUGCAAAGUAGAAGCCUAUCCACCAGCAAACGCGACAUGGUACAAAGGUCGCAAACCACUGAAACCAGAUGGAAACCUGGAACUGUCAGAAGACGGGUCCGUUCUCACUAUCCGUUCUAUGGAACCUAACAUGGCCGACAACUACAUUUGCGAGGCGAGAAAUGCCAGGAAAAGGAAGAUUUAUCCGUUCACAGUGCAGAUUAGUGGUGUUGAGGCGCCAGAAAUAAGCAAGGAAGUAACUGAAAUCACGGCUUUGAAAGGUUCCGCAGUUGACAUUAGAUGCCAAGUUACUAAAGGCAAGCCACAACCAAGGAUGCAUUGGUACUACAAAAGUGCUGCUGCUAAUGAUUACCCCCCCAUGAAUGAGACUUCGGAUACCAUACAUUUGGAAAACAUCGACGCCACUCAUACGGGCUCGUACAGAUGUGUUGCAGACAAUGUGAUGCAUUGGGACUCCCAUGAGAUUGAUUUGAUUGUGGAAUAUAAGCCGUCAAUAUCAAGACCACGCCAGUCUAUUAUGACCACGGACCUAGGGGAACCUGUAACAUUACCGUGUCCUGCCAUCGGAGAGCCGACACCAACCAUCACGUGGAAGCUCAAUGGGGUGCCUAUACCGAGCACUGCAAGAUAUAGUAUAUUCGCGGAUGGGACGCUUAGGUUUUUAGCUGCUUCAUCAGAUGAGGGAGAAUACGAAUGCGAAGCGAGCAACACACGUGGAGUGGACAGUAUCAAAUACAAGCUAAAUGUUUAUGUUCCAGUCGAUAUCGAGUCUCCAAAGAACAGUUUCCUGCAGCAGAUGGAAGGUUCAAUGGUAACAUUGCCGUGCAGAGCGGACGGUUCUCCCAAGCCCAGCUUAACAUGGAUCUACCGCAGCAGAGACGCUAAAGUCAGGCCCAGCCGAUUGGAGCCAAGCGACGCUACAGGAAGGCUACAGUUUGACAGGAUACUAUUGAGACAGGGUGGUGAAUACACUUGCGUGGCGACAAACUCCAGAGGAUCAAAGAAUAUUACGUACGAAGUUGAAGUUUUAGCGCCUCCUAAAAUUUACUACACGGCAAAAGAGUUCCAAGGGGUAGUAGGUGACAUGCAACUCCUGAUUCCAUGCAAUGCCACCGGCAAUCCAAAACCGGACAUCACCUGGGAAAUGGGACCGUACCAUAUUGCUUCAGGCUCCGAAUGGUUUGAUAUCAGUGCAGAAGGCAGUCUUAUCAUCAAGAAUGUUGACAAAGCGUCUAGCAGGGUUUACACAUGUAAAGCUUCCAAUGAUUAUGGGCAAACACAAGAAGAUUUUGGUGUUGUUGUUGAUGAUUUUCUGGAUCCAGGAUUUAUUACCAAUGAAUUCAAGCUGAAAGAAGGAGAAUCGGCGAUGAUCCCUUGUAGUGUUCCGCAUAAAAAAACUGACAGAAUAUUAUGGUUUAAGAACGGCGAACGUCUGCCUUCCUCUGAUCUAGUACUGCACGACGUGACCGAAUCAGACUCAGGCACGUACACGUGCCGAGUCAGUUCCGUGGACCGACCAGCACAGAGCGACUCCACCAGGGUCGAGGUCGGCUUCGAACCACGGUUUGAUUAUCCUGAUGACGAGAAAAACAUAGCCUUCAAGUACGGAGAACUUGCCACCAUGGACUGUACUGCUACUGGAGUUCCGGAACCUAAGGUGAAAUGGUACCACGAUGACAGAGAGAUAAGCCUCAAAGAGUACAGAUACGACUUGGAAAUGUACAACGACAACGACAAAGGACGGUACACUUGCGUUGUCAGCAACUCCUACGGAACAGCGAAGCAAGAAUUUGUCAUUUCGUCAUUCGAAUGCCUGCUGGAUGUAACACGCUUUAGUAAAAACGAUCCAUUAAUGUUAACGCUCUAUAAUAAAGUGCCUAACUUUAAAACCAGUGGCGUCUACAUGCGUAUACCUAAAGACGAAAAGAUCAAAUUGGUGUGCCCUUCAUACUUCAAACCGAUGUCUUUAAGGGAAAUGAUCGUGACGUGUGAAAAGGAACAACAAUUUUUGCAUGACUUAUCUGGGAGACACUUCGCUUACUCAGACUUUAAGUGCAGAGAGAUGUGGCAGCCAAUCGCUAAAAGAACAGGGCGACGGUGUGCAAAAGGAAAAGCUGAAAUAUUGAACGUUGGCUUUGAGACAAGAGCGACAUUCCAAACGGUUUACGAAGUUUGCCUCGACCAGGACUCAAAGAACCCCAUUUAUACAAAACUAGACAUGCAACCAUCGCUAGCUAAUUCUGUAACUAAUAACGAUACCGUAUGGUUUAACUAUGGUUCUCCAGUGGACUUGGAUGGUCUAUACGAUUGUGCUAAUCAGAAUGGAGAGACCUCAGCGAUUUUGAAUAAGGAGUUCCACAGAGGUGACGGGUGUUGUUUUGCGAAGAGGAUGUUGGUAAAUCCUAUGGACGUUGCUCCAGGGUUGCAGGGUGCCACGUACACCCAUCUGAAUGUGGCGCCACACUGGGGCACUUGUGACUCCAAGAAUUGGGAAGAAGUGGAACGCCGUGUCAGGAAUCUGGUGACGUCUUCGGACCGGACACUUCAAGUAUUCACUGGAACAGCGAAUGACCUUGAGCUGCCUGACGCGUACUCGAGGCAGAAGAAUGUGGUUCUCCAUAGCAGGGGAAAAGAUGUACAGGUUCCGAGGUACUUGUGGAAGAUAGUCCAAGACCCGACCACCGAGACUUCUUUGGUCAUCAUUCAAGUGAACGUGCCUGAUUUGAAGCUGGCGGAGGCGCAUAGCUACCAGCUGUGCAAAGAUAUAUGCAAAAAUGCCGAAUGGAUGGUGCAGUACAGACACUGGCGCAACGUACACCACGGAUUCACGUACUGCUGCAGCCUAGCUGACUUUGAGCGCGCGUUCCGAUACCAAGGCGUGUUCCCUGACUUCAAGAAUUUGCUGCUGGAAGUGUCCGAUCUGCCUGACGACCAUUAUUUACACGCUGCAUAG